UCACUAUCAAUGUCUGUACCUGAAGCCAAAGCUCAGCUGUCCACUUUCAUAGCAGCACUAAUUUGCCUGCGUCGUCGUUUUCUUUUUUAAUUAAGGCUUCUAGGUUUUGUCAUUUAUCAGUCGACAGUUUGUUUGCAGAAGAAUAUAUUAAUUUAAUUCAACCAAUAGUUAAAGAUGAUGAUGAUGAUACCAACUGGCUUCAGAUUCAAUCCCACUGAUGAAGAACUCGUUGAAAUUCUUCAAAGGAAAGUCUCUGGCCAAGAAAUGUCUCUCCAUGACCAUUUCAUUGUUGAAAGAAAUGUGCAUGAGCUUGAUCCCCAAGAUCUUGAAUGGGAUCACAAGGUGGUGUUAUCAAAUAAUGAGAGAUAUUGCUAUUACAUGAGGGAGACUGAUUCCAGGGAAGUUUCGGGUCGAGGAUGGUGGAGAGCCACCGGCCAUGUGAAGAAAAUUUAUGCUAAUAACCGUGUGGUGGGCUACAAGAGACCUCUAACAUUUCUCAGAUUUACAGAUAUUGAAAGAAAGCGCAAAAAUGCCUUCAAGACUAAUUGGAUUAUGCAUGAAUAUAGCCUUGACUCCAACACAACGGAAUGGAGGCUUUGCAAGAUCAAAUACAAAGGAAAGACAAGUGUAAAAGAGGAGCUGGAGAAUACCAGAAAAGGUUAUAGGUUAAGCAAUGAUGAUUUUGAAGGAAGCAGUUCAAUAAUGGUGAUGCAGCUUGAUUUUGUUGAUGAAGAACUGAAACAACCCCAACUAUUAGAGCUAGAAAAUUUUUGUGAACCAUAUUCUGAAGUCAGCAGUUCAACAGGCAUGCAGCUCGAUUUCAUUGGUGAACCUUUUUACUUUAGACAAAACAUGGACUUUGAAGUGAUGGAUGAGCAACAAAAACAGUCAAAUGCAUCCUAUGAUCCAAUUUUAACCCACAUUUCGAGUACAAAUUAUUACUUCGAUGGUCCCCUCGAGCAGCCGGAUUCAUCAGAGGAAAUAUUUCCUAGCCUAUGGACUUAGAAAAAUUAGCUAGAAUCAAUCGAACAUUAAUGCUUUAUCUCUUUUAGAAUUCUCUAUGUGAAAAAGUCUUUGUUCUGAUCUGAUUAUUAGGAUUAGAUCUUCUUUAUAAUUGAUGUGCUAGAGUGCUUGAAAUUGAAAAUACUUUGACUUGAAUGUAAUUUAGCAUUACUCACGUGGAAAUAUUCUUAUAAUCAGUUUCUAUAUUUGUUUCAUUUUA